UUCAGAACACAUCUGAAUUCCUUCUCUGGAGAACAGACAGCUCCUGGCCGGGUCAGAUUUCAAGUUCUCAUCUGUUUCUACCAAUGCCACUACCAGAUUCUUCUUUGUAGUCAAUCUCUGAGGUCUUCCUUGAGUACAACUUGGUGUCUGAAGAUCCAGUCAAGUGUCCGUGGUCAUCAGUCUCUUCACAAAAUCACAGUCUCCUCUCUUGGCAAAACAUCUACUGCCCUGAGCUUUGCUUUUGGAAACAACUUCUACCCGGGACCAUACUUCCCAGCAUGGAGGCCAAGAGCUUCGCAGUUUGGGAUUAUGUUGUAUUUGCAGCCCUCUUUGUCAUUUCCUCUGGAAUUGGGGUGUUCUUUGCUAUUAAGGAGAGGAAAAAGGCAACUUCAAGGGAGUUCCUUGUUGGGGGAAGGCAAAUGAGCUUUGGUCCUGUAGCGUUGUCCCUGACAGCCAGCUUCAUGUCAGCUGUCACUGUCCUGGGGGCUCCCUCUGAGGUGUACCGCUUUGGGGCAUCUUUUGUGCUCUUCUUCAUUUCAUAUGCAUUUGUCAUCGUCCUCACAUCAGAGCUCUUUCUCCCCGUGUUCUACAGAUCUGGCAUCACCAGCACUUACGAGUACUUACAACUACGAUUCAAUAAACCAGUACGCUUCGCGGCCACUGUCAUCUACAUUGUGCAGACGAUUCUCUACACAGGAGUGGUGGUGUAUGCACCUGCACUGGCACUCAAUCAAGUGACUGGGUUUGAUCUCUGGGGCUCUGUGUUUGCAACAGGAAUUGUUUGCACAUUCUACUGUACCCUGGGAGGAUUAAAAGCAGUGGUGUGGACAGAUGCAUUUCAGAUGGUGGUCAUGAUUGUGGGCUUCUUAACAGUUCUCAUUCAAGGAUCAGCUCAUGCUGGUGGAUUGCACAAUGUCAUAGAGCACUCGACAAAUGGAUCUCGACUAAAUAUAUUCGACUUUGAUGUAGAUCCUCUCAGGAGGCACACGUUUUGGACAAUCUCAGUGGGGGGAACUUUCACCUGGCUCGGGAUCUAUGGAGUUAAUCAGUCCACCAUACAGCGCUGCAUCUCUUGCAAAACAGAAAAACAUGCAAAACUAGCCUUGUAUUUUAACUUGUUGGGUCUCUGGAUCAUUCUGGUGUGCGCUGUCUUCUCUGGCUUAAUCAUGUACUCCCACUUCAGAGAUUGUGACCCUUGGACUUCUGGCAUUAUUUCAGCACCAGAUCAGCUGAUGCCAUACUUUGUCAUGGAGAUAUUUUCCACGAUGCCAGGACUGCCUGGACUCUUUGUGGCUUGUGCCUUCAGUGGAACUCUGAGCACCGUGGCUGCCAGCAUCAAUGCCUUAGCAACAGUGACCUUUGAGGAUUUUGUCAAGAGCUGUUUCCCCCAUCUGUCCGACAAGAUGAGCACCUGGAUCAGUAAAGGCUUAUGUCUCUUGUUUGGUGUGAUGUGUACCUCCAUGGCUGUCGCUGCAUCCCUCAUGGGGGGGGUCGUGCAGGCUGCUCUCAGCAUCCACGGCAUGUGCGGGGGACCAAUGCUGGGCUUGUUCUCUCUGGGAAUCGUGUUCCCUUUUGUGAACUGGAAGGGUGCAUUAGGUGGCCUUCUGACUGGAAUCACCUUGUCAUUUUGGGUGGCCAUUGGGGCUUUCGUCUACCCUGCACCAGACUCCAAGACGUGGCCCCUGCCUUUAUCCACAGAGCAUUGUGUCCCAUCUAAUGUGACAACGUCAGUGCCUACAGUGUUACCUAGCAGACCUGCCAUCGCCGACACCUGGUAUUCGCUCUCCUACCUUUACUACAGUGCAGUGGGCUGCCUCGGAUGCAUUGCUGCUGGAAUAAUCAUUAGCUUCAUAACAGGUCACCAGAGUGGAAAGGAUAUUCAACCGCUGCUAAUUAGACCAGUUUGCAAUUUAGUUUGCUUUUGGUCUGAGAAAUACAAACGACUGUGCUGGUGUGGUGUCCAGCACGACGGUGGAACGGAGCAGGAAAACCUUGAGAAUGGCAGUUCCUGGAAACAAGGGGCUGAAUCUGUCUUACAGAAUGGACUCAAGCAAGAAAACCUGGUCCAUAGUUCAGGCCAUGAUCUGAAGGACAACAGCUACAACAAUUUGGCGUUUGAGAAGACUACCCAUUUCUAACACAUGCAUGCGAGUACAACACACACACACACACACACACACACAAGCAAAAGCACACACACAAAUACACACAAUACGUAUCCUGCUGGCCUAUUGGCUAGUAGAUUGUGUAGUUGUCACUGCUCAAAGACAGGGAUGUCUAAUGUCUAUUUAUACUUAUUUAUAACUACAAAUAACAUGACUGUUCCCCUGGAUAUUCCCAGGAUACUCUUUGGAAGACCCCAACUUUCAGGUGAGAAGAAACAGCCUAGUCUUAAGUGCCUUAGCAACUUCUUCCUGGAUUAAAUUAGGACUGGAUAUGUCAUAUUAAGCUUCAGGGUGUUUUGUUUUGUUUUGUUUUGAUUUGGUAGUUCUUGAGCCAUCAUGUAUCUUGGAAUUCACAGGCAGAAUGUAGAAGGGGUUAUGCAUAUUAAAUACUUCUUCAUCACUGCUGGUAAAAUGAAGGCAUGCCGUCCGCCCCGACCCCCAUACCUCACAUAGGUGGAGACACAUUUCACAACACCUCACACUGCAGUUGCAGUUGGAACACUUAAUUGCUUUUAAACCCUUCAUCCCACGCCAGACCCCCAUACCUGAAGUCCUCCUCUUCCGUCAUCCCCACUCCUACAGCUGUCCUGACCAAGCCUUAGAAAUAAUUUUGCUUAGCACAGGAGAGGCUCUGGUAUAUCUUGUUAGUGCUACAGUCAUCACUAAAUACACUCACCCUUUGGGCUCUUGGCAUAGUAGGUCUUUCUAUCACCUUACAAAGAAAAAUUGAUUCUGUUCAACAGAAGUCUAGAGUCUCUCUCCAGGGCCAGGUGAACAGGAAGGAACAAGGAAUGUCCUAGAGGAGGAUCGGGGAAAAGAACUUUGCAAAUAGCUUACCAACCCACAGAUUUCACUCGUCAUGGGGUCUUCUUUGGUGCAAAUUACCUUGUCCACAGGAUUUAUACUUUUUACUUUUUGAGGACUUCAUUUCUUUGCUUCUUCUAAAAACCUUUCACUGCCUCUCCAUUUUUUUUUUUUAAUAACAACUUCUGUUCUGUAUUUUCUUUUACUCCAGAACUUAAAAAAUGAUCUUUGAGAACUCAGCUCUGUUGUGCAAGCUCAAAGUGUUCCAUCAGGCUAAGGUGACAUCAGGAAAGAUUUAUAUGGUUGUUUAUAAUUAUAAAUCUAUAAUUUAUAGAAAGUAAAAAAGAACCAGUUCCACAGAGGCUAGAUCAGAGGGAAGAUUAUAAGAAAUACAGCAGUGUCUCAGUGUCAGGUAUGUUAGAGCAGUGCCAGGAAUUUCUUUUGGUGACCAGGUAAGAUUAAAAGGCCUAGAAAUAAUAUGUUAGCAAAAUAAAAUGAAAUGGUCCAAAUGGGGAAGAAUGAGAAGUCCCAAAGGUUCUGUUGUUUAGAUGUAAUCCAGGAGGAGAAAACCUUAAAAGAAGCAAUGAGAUAGAGAAAAAAAUUAUGUAACCAGUGUUUGUUAUUAGGGAGGGAAGAUAGAAAGAUGGGGGAAAACCAAUGAAGAAAUUAAAAAAAAAAACAACUGGGAUUCACAAGCCACAACCAAAUGCUUGCCUUCUCUCUCUCCAUUCUCAGUGGGAGAGGUGAAUAGAGUUAGAAAAAGAGAGAACUGGGUUGUGGUUUACAAGGGAGAUGAGAAAAACACAUUUUGAAAAAGGAGGAAAGAAGUAAAGUAAGAAUACACUUGGAAAAAUAUCUGGAAAUGAGAAGGAAAAAAAUCAUGAAAAUGAGAAAUGUCUGAAAACAUUUCUUGAGGUCCACCAAGCUAACAAAGAUGUUGAUCUAAGGAUCUGCAAAUUGGAAGGUGUGAUUAUUUUCCAAAUGAUUUAGUAGUUAGGACAUUUCUAUGACUUAGAGCUCGAGAAUAUAUUAGGUGAAUGUCGACAUCCGGGCCAAACCUCAUUGGUUUAGUUCAUAUCUUAUGACUGGGAAGGGAAGCAACAAUUCUGAGGAUGAAACCUGAUAAACAGUAGCAAUUAUAUAUAUGGUUUCCUGCCUGCCCCCUGCCUCCCAGAGGAUGCUUUAUUGACAAAUUAUCCAUUAUUCAUUCACUUUAAGGAGAAGAUAAAUCAGUUACUACCCCUGCAUCUUGCCUUCUCAGCACACCCUGUAGAGAUUUUAACGCUGGAGAAAGAACUUGGAGUGGUGUUCUUUCCACGGCAAGAGCAUGGAUGGCAGUCCCUAAAGGGUGUCUGAACUGAGCAGUGGCCACUCAGGCAUCUGAGAACACAUCACGAUUUUGAGCUGAGACUCUGCCCCCAGCAGGUCCACAGCGGCCUGCAGACCUGGUCUCCGAUGCUGAGAACCAGCACAGAGCUACCCCUCCAGACACACCAGACACAAGGGGCCCAGGGUGAGAGGCACACUGCUGGGGUAUAGAUGGAUGGGAUACAUUUCAAGGUUUUGAAAUUACUCUUGGAAUUGCAUGAAAUCAAAAUGUACCAUAAUGUUCUUCAUUUUACUCACAAAUAAUCCCAUCAACAUUUCACUAGGACAGCACUUUGUCCAGAGAGUUUUUUAGGACCCCUUUUUCUCUUUUUUAGUUGCUAAUUCUCUUACCUGAAGUAUUAUCAAAGCAUCAGUGAACUUACAAAUGGAAAAUACCAUUAUUAUUGUCAUUAUUAUUAUUAUAAAAAUAAUAAUUUUAUAUUAUUAUUCACGUAGUGGAACCUGUGGCCUUAUGAGUUAAUAUUUUGAGGUGCGUAUAGAGGUCAAUAUAGGGAUCCCUCCUCAUUCUUCCUAACUGAACAAAUGUACAAAAAUCUAAGGCUUUAGGUAGAGUGUCGAGUCCCAGAGGAAAACUAUCUUCCACAGUGUCUAAGAACCAUGUUUGUUGUGUGGCUGAAAGGAAAUGUGAAGUGCAGUCCUAGGCUCGUCUUCUUGGUCAUGACACCUCUCUCCUGCUCUCACUAUUCCCUAGGAGCCUUAGUUCAGACUUGAGUCAAGGUUGACCAUGCAAUAUAAGAUCUGUCCAGUGUCACGUCCAAUCCAAGCCAAGGAAAUGACUUAAACCUGUGGUUUAAUCUGUCUGGAGACAGAUUGGAGGAAGACAACCUAGAUUCAGAUGGAAGUUCUGAUACAAAUUAUCUCAGGAAUUCUUGGGCAAGUCUUUCUAAAAUGUUAUUACACAUUAAAAGGAGCAGAAGUUGUCCCUACUUAGUAGGGUUGUUGCGAGGAAUUAUAGAGGGAAAUCAUAUCAGCUAGUUAGCGUGGUGACUGGCCCCAUGAAACGUUCAAUACUUGUUAGUCUUCAAUAUAUUAAGAAAGUGAUACUCAUUACAGUAUUCAUUUUUAGUUAAAUUGGUUCACUGUUUCUCUUUAAAUUUCCAAGAUACUGGCUUAGCAUAUGAAUUACUGAAGCACUUUAAGAACUAACAAGAACAAGAGAACCAUAAACUAUAAACUAAAAGUCAUACCAUUAAUUUCCAAACGGUAGCCUUUUAAUGGUCAAUUCAAAUGAAAUAUGAUUUUUCAGGGAGCAAAUUUUCUAGUCUGAAAUUCUUGAAAAAAAGAAAAAAAAACCCACUGAGAUUUAUUACUGGAAAAAUGCAAUUUUCAUUUUUAUGAUUUUUAAGUAUUGUGUUUGUACGUGUAAACAGGAUCUUAAGCCUUGUGUACGACUCAGUGCACACUUACCAGAGAUUGUGAUUCUCCAGACAACAGAAGGGGUGAGGCCUUUUCCCUUGUCUAAUUCAAAUAAUAUUUCUUGAAUAUAAAUCUCAUUCUUUUGUGAUUUUACAGGGUUCUAGCAUUUCACUUUAAAGAGGAAAAAAAAGAAAAAAAGGAAAGAAACCACACACCAGGGAGCUUGCAAACAAUGUUUCAAAGAGAAUAUUAUUGAAAUAUCUUUAUGAUAUUACAAUCUUACUUAAACAUUAUUACAAAGAUCAGAUCAGUAAAUAGAAAUAAAAAACAGAACAGUUUCCUUUUACUUGUUCUCUUAGAAACAAAUUGUUUUAAAACAGUACCAAAAUUUAAGCUUUCUAUGUAUACAUUUGUAUAUUUAGAAAUCUCAUGUGCACAAUCUCAGUAUUCCAAGGUAACUGGGUUUACUGCAAAGUUAACUAUUUUAUCUAACUUUAAUAACCUUGAAGUAUAAUCUGUUUCCAAACAACUGAAAUUUAAUUGAUGUUACCAAUUAUAUUAAAAUGAUACAAAAUUUUAAUCAAGUGUAACUCAUAAUUAAUAAUCAUCUAAUGGAUUAUUUUUAUUUGUAAUUUUUGGAGAAAGUUAAUGUUAUUAUUCUUCCUGCAUUCCAGUCUCCUGACCAUAUCAAUCUAGAUUUGCAAACACCUGAGUAACAAACAUUCAUAAACUCACUUUUCUAACACUGCACUUGUGGUAUUUGAAAUAUCAGCUGUUUAGAAGACUGAGUUAAACAUAUAAAUAUUUGGCUUCUUAAUCAACAUGGCCCUCACUUGGGGUGUAGGUGUAUCAGUGGCUCUCUUGUUAUACUCUCAUGAUGAAUUAGAAAAAUAAUUCUAUUCUAUCAUGGAAAUGUUAAUUGGUAAUAUUUCUGUAUAUGAGUGUGAAAUUUAAGAUGAUUUUUUUCUAUUUCCAAAUUUUCUGUCUUUUUCAUAGAGCCAUGAAAUACUAAAUUUAAUGCUGUAGAUAUACAACUACUCAAUUUUAAGAAAUAUCUGUAGAAUGAACAUAGAUAUAUAAUUAAGAUGUGUAACAAUUUUAAUUAUUUCUUUUAAAAGUAAUUUCAGACCAGAGCAUAUUUAAAUGAUCAAUGUGACUAUUUUCUAGGUUAGGAGCAGUAUGCAAAAUAAUUACCCAAAUUAAAAGCUUUUAUAUAAGCCUAAUAGAUUAAAGCAGGUCUACCAAAUCACCAAGGAAGCAUAUGUCAAAAUAAGGUUUGACAUAUGAUAUAAUAUGACUUAUAUGUAUUCAGGAUUAUGCCUAUUUUUGGGCUGCUCAGGGGCUUAGGGCACACAUACACACACAGACAGACCCACAUACACUCAGAAGUAACCAGGAUGAGGAUUUUAUGACUUAAUACAAUAGAUUACUCUAAAUCAAGAAAGACCAUAUAUAAUGGUGAUGUCUUUUAUGGGCCUUGGCCUAUUUGCCCUCAGGAAUUUCCAGAAACAACCAUUCAUCUGUUUUUAAAAAAUGUUAAAGCAAUUAUGUACACAGGUGUUUUGAACAUCCUGUUCGCCAUUACAGAAUCUGCUUUGACAUAUUUAAAAAGCUAAAAAUAAUUUUAUGUAGUAUGUUGAUUCAAUGUCCCAAUGUAAUUACCACGUAAGAAAAUAAAUGAGCAAUCCACAAAUUGCUUAUCUUACCAGCAUAAGAUGGUCAGCAGAAUUUGUAGAGGCAAUCUAAUUGAUUGAUUUGGAAUCUACAUCAUAAAGGUUUAUGUACCAUUAUUGUUUACUGUUUUCAAGAAUGUUGACCUUAAACUUUUAUUCAAUCUAUUUCAACAGAGCAAAUCUUCCUUAGAUUGGCUUUAAAACUUCUUAUGAAAGUUUAAUGAUUAAAAUGAUUAAUGAUCAACAAUCUACUGUAUAUAAUUUGAUUUGCAGAAGAAUUGCAGACAGUAGAAAGAAAAAAAAAUCAACAUUUAAGUUCAUCUGGUUAAAUAUACGGUUGCAACAUAAUUUCUCCUAUGGAGAAUAAAAAUGGUUGGAGAAAUAUAUUCCAUCUUUUCCCCAAACUUCCUCUUCAAUUACAGGACUCCCUAGAUCUUUCUUAGUUGAAAAAUACAGUAUAGAAGCCGAUAGUCACACAUCCUAGGAAAGUAAAAUUAUACAUAUUUUUAAGGGCAUUUUCAUCUUCAGCAUUGUUGUUUAUUCUUUGGAUGGAGUUGUCACUGAAAUCUAAGCUUACCACAGUUAGCUUUGUAAUCUUAAAAUAAGAAAAAAAAAAAAAAACCAAGGGGAAAACACUUCAUUUCUCUGAACGUUAGAGGAUGAACAAAAUUGCAAUUGUUUUUCAGUCAGAAAGAAGGCUGGGUGUGUGCACAGCAGAGUCUAAAAUGGGCUUUGCAAAGCAGACAUUUUUGCUCAGGUAGGAGAGUCCUAAGUCCCUUCACCAUCUCCCAAACAUUGGUUCCACAAUUAUCUAUGCCACCAGAUUUUUCUGGCCACUCAGUUCUUUUCUUCUCACUAAAUGAAAAGUGGGAAAAGCCUGCUCAUACUAGUUGUUAGAAAGAUAUUAAAUUUAGCCAAUGUGGGGGCCCUUGGCUGCCUUAGUCAGUAGGUUGUGUAGCUCUUGAUCUCAGGGUUGUGAGUUUGAGCCUCAUGCUUGGUGUAGACAUUAAAAAAAUAAUCAUUAAAAACA